UUGCAGUUUUUCUGUUUUUUGAAAGCAAUAUUAAUGGUAAUUAUAGCAGGUUGUUCUUAAUCAUGCUAAAAUAGUUCUUGAUUUCCUCAAUCGACUUGUUUUGUCUUUAAAUCGAUUUCUUCCCAAUCUUCAUCGCUAUGACAACCUUCGUCGAGGGAUGAAUUAAUUUUGUCACGUUUCUUCUGCGGGAACAUGAGAGCGUACCAUUUGGAACAUUGCAGAUACAAAGGUCUUGAUUUUGCAUGUCCUUCAUGUCAUUCUCCAUCGGUGUACCGCACGUGGUUUAUCGCCGCCUCGAUGACCUCGACGGCAUCGCACUUGGGGUCGUAUCCAUAGGUAAAAUGCCACGAGGAAACAUGGAAGCUGAUUAUUUUAAUAAUUUCAUGCAAAAGCGGACGUUUGCGUUGAGACCAGGCAUAUUUGACACAUAAAGGUUUAUAGUGAUAUUUUUAAGUCUCUGACAUAAAGGACGAGUUAUUUAGGUUGUUGUCGCACACUUAACAAAAUGCGCCUUGAGAGAAAAUGGAGCAUGUUGUUAUUUUUGUGUAUUUUAUGGAAACGCUGAUUUAUUGUGUUGUUUUUGAGAACGCAUUUUAAAAUAGUUUUCUCAUUAUGUGUUGCAUGAAUGAGUCGUCUGCAUUUUCAGCGCCAACCUAGGCGCCAAGGAGGCCCAUCGGACCAGACCUCUGCAGUCCUGCUGGAUGGUUUGGCCAUGAUGUUGAAAGUCUUUUCGCAGGGGUUAGGAGGAAUGAAAGAUCUGGUCCGUUGGACUGGUGGCGGCCCACCCCCCCGCAGGCAUGGAGAGGUGUCAGCGGUUCCCAAUGAUUAUCCAGGAACAUUGAUGGACAGCAGCCACAUGCACGUAACCCCACCCUGGAAACCUGAGUACAAAGGUCAGGCUAACAUGCACGUGUUCGAGGACUGGUGUGGCAGCUCCACCGACCAGCUGCGCAGGAACCCGCUCUACCCUCUGUACCCACACUCAAGGGCGACGGUCCAAAAGCUGGCUGUAGCUCCCGGCUGGACCAACUACGGCCUGCGGAUCUUUGGCUAUCUGCACCCCUAUGUGGACGGCGAGUACCUGUUUACUGUGGCCUCUGACGACAACUCGGAAUUUUGGCUGAGCCUGGAUCACACCCCCAUCCGAUCUCAGCGUGUGGCCCUCGUGGGCAAGGCAGGCUCGGAAUGGGCUGCCCCGGGGGAGUUUGACAAAUACGCCAGCCAGGUGUCACGCCCCAUCCGGCUGAGAGCAAAGGAACGCUAUUUCUUUGAGGUCCUCCACAAACAGAACGACAAAGGCACGGACCAUGUGGAAGUCGCCUGGCGACUCCGCCAAGCAGGAUGGAGGUUCACGGUCAUCGAUUCCAAGUACAUUUCCCUCUACACAAAUGAGUCGGCUCUCAAGAUGAAUGAAGUGGGUCACAUUCCGCUGUCGCCCGCCAGUCACCCACGCUCCCCCUUGCCUGUCCCCCACCCCGGCCAUCUCGGCAUUGACAUGCUGCGGGACGACCCCCGCGAUUCUCUAUACCAGGUGCCACUGGUGGACGAGGAGCUCCUGCAAGGCGUCCUGCCCACCUGCUCCUACAAGCCCAGCUACCUCAUCCGAGGGUUUGCCUUGCUGAGGUACCAGGGCCUGCAGUUUAUCCACAUGACCUAUGUUUACCCCAAUGAUUACACACGGCUGACCCACAUGGAGAGUGACAACAAGUGCUUCUACGAGAACACUGACAGGUCUGGAUUCUCUAAAUACAUGAAGAUUGAUGAUCCAGAAUUGAAUGCGUUUCAAGGAGGUCCGAGAUGGCGGAAAAGACAAGUUGUAGGAUUGGGUGUUUCUGAGCAGACAAAGAGCAGACGGGAGCCCAGUGAGAUGGACCUGGAGGAUUCUCCAGUGACAGUCAUCAAGGAGACACCGACCAGACCCGUCAGCCGUCUCAGUGACAGAAGCAGCUCUAACUCCAUCUACAGGUGGAAGCGAAGGCUGACCCAGCCCCCCUGGCCAUCCCCUUUGGGGUGGAUGCCAACCACGGGCACUGUGUGGGUUCCGCAGCUGGGUCACAAGGUCUUAAAUGAGAGGUGGAUUGAUGGACCACCACAGCAGAAAGACUCUGAAAAGCUGAGCAUUCCGGUGUACUCUCUUGUCCAUCCGCAUCUGGGUCCGGGCGUGGCUCUGGAAAACCCGAACAGCAUUCCAAACCAGACGUAUAACUCCAGUGUGAGCAAGGCUGUGUUCCCAACUGGUGCUGGGAUACCAGUGACCUCCAGGUUCCCUCAAGGAGCUCAGCAGAUACCCAGGCUAUAUGGGAGAAGAAUCAUUGAAGAUGGUCAAAGGGUGAUGAUGGGGAGAGAUGGAGAGCUGGGAGAUGAUGACAUGCACCAAGAUACCUACACAUCAUACGGAAUCGAUCGCAAGGUGAACUGGCGACGCACCUUCGACGUGAAGCAGCUGGACUUUCGCGCACUGCCUUCCGAUCGCAUCAACCUGGGCUGCAACGUAACCGGGAACCUGCUGCUGCCCUCUGAGGACGCUCUUCAUGUGGUGGGAGCCUUCAUGGAGAAGGUCAACCAGAAGAACCAGGGACGCUUCUCCCUGCUGCGUGUGCUCAAUGUGGAGAAGAGGCUGGAUGGUGCGCAGGGCAGCCGCUACCUGCUGGAGCUGGAGGUGCGUGACCGCGGUGGGGCCACGUUACGCCUUUCCCGGUACGUGUACCUGAUGCAGGUUAGAUCGACUUCCCAGGCAGACGGAGGGGCCAGGUCGAGGCCGGGCCGCCUGGAGCCGGUACUCUGCCACCCACUGGGCCUGUCCUGGAACCCGGUGGCCACCGUCCACUUUGUCAUCCCAGUGAAGAAUCAGGCCCGAUGGGUUCAGAGAUUUAUCGAGGACAUGGAGGAGGUGUACAGAGCUACCCAGGACAAGAACUUCAACGUCAUCAUCUCCGACUUCAACAGCACGGAUAUGGAUGUCGAGCUGGCACUCAAGGGCUCCGCCUUACCUAGGUACCAGUACACAAAGCUGACUGGGAACUUUGAGCGUUCGGCCGGACUUCAGGCUGGGAUAAAUAUGAUCGAUGACGAGCACAGCAUCGUGUUCCUGUGCGACCUGCACAUCCACUUCCCCCAAUCCAUCAUCGACAGCAUCCGCAAGCACUGUGUGGAGGGCAAGAUGGCCUUCGCGCCCGUGGUGAUGCGGCUGGACUGCGGCGCCACGCCUGCGGAGCCUCGAGGUUUCUGGGAGGUCAACGGCUUUGGGCUGCUCGGCAUCUACAAGUCCGACUUGGACGCAGCAGGCGGCAUGAACACCCAGGAGUUCCGGGACCGCUGGGGAGGGGAGGACUGGGAGCUGCUGGACCGGAUACUCCAGGCUGGACUUGAAGUGGAGCGCAUUUACCUCAGACACUUUUUGCAUUACUACCACUCCAAGCGAGGCAUGUGGAACCGGAAGAUUCUCUGAGCCAAUGAGUACCUGAGUAGGCGGGGCCAGACAGACUCCCACCCUCCAAAGACUCUUUCACUGUCUGGGCUGCAUCUAAAGCAUAUGCCGUGAUUAUCGUGUGUGUGUGUGUGUGAGAGAGAGAGAGAGAAAGAGAGUAUAAUUCAUAAUUCAAGUAUGAUGAUUUUUGUAUGUCUUGCAGGGUUUUCUUCAGUUUGCCUUAUCGGGUGUGUUCUACGUUAAAAUGCAGUAAAAGGUAAUCGUUUGGUUGCCGGUGGUGUUCUGGGGUGUCAGUGCCACUAACGACUCAGUUGUUUACAGUCGAUUCUCUCCCCCAAGUGUUGUUUCACAAUGAAAUGAAUAGAGCGGGCACUGUGCCAAUUGGGUGCCACUUUGCUGGUGUUUCCGCUUUAUCCUCAAGGCUGGAUGGCAGGAGAUGUUUUGCCGUGGCUUUGAGACCAUCGACUCGGGAAUUAUUAAUUUAGAAUUAUCAUUUAGAAUGUCUUUGAAAAAUUAAAUGCAAAAAAAAAUAAAAUUAUUUUUUUCAGGA